AUGCGCUUCUCCAGACUCUCCACCUCCUCUGUCCUGGUGACUCUCCUCGCCACGAGCGAAACCGUGGCUGCAGCUUCGUGUAGCGUUAGAAACGUAGAAGGCAAACCCUUCCUCGUGGAUUGGGACAUCUGGGCUAGUAACGUUUAUGGAAGUGCGCAAAACACCUUUCUCUACUUGUUCCUUACCUCGACACAGCUUCAGCAACUAACACAAAUCCUUAAUUCCCGGCUGGUGCGGCGGGCUAUGGGACAAUCUCAAGAACAAGGGCUGCGGCCCUUCAGGCACGUAUUGCGGCGGGCUCGAGUCAUCACGUAUCUUGAAUUGGCGGUUCAGAACGGGUAUUGGAUGUCAGAAAGGGUCAAUCCAUGGCGCGUGGUGGGAGGCCACCAAGAAUGA